AUGUAUCUAUCUGCUCACAAAACAACUAAAAAACUUGGAAUUUCGUCUGAUACUUUGAGACGUUGGUUAAAACAAGGAAAGAUAUCUGCGAAGACGUCUCCAUCUGGGACUCGUCUCUAUGAUAUUUCUUCUUUUUUUCCAGAAUUGAUUACUCAAAAUGAUACCUCAACCACCUCCAUUACUGAAAAGAAAGCUCGUCAAUGA